CCUCUGGCCCCAGCCUGGCUGGAUGUGAUUGACACCACCACCAGUACCGUGACACUGAAGUGGCCGGUGCCGCAGUCCGACGGCGGCCUGCGUCUGGAAGGCUACCUGCUCGAGAUGCGCAAGGUCGGCACGGACACCUGGGAACGAGCCCACACACCUGCCACCAUCCGCCACAAUGAGUUCACGGUGGAGCGGCUCACGGAGGGGUCAGCGUACUACUUCCGGGUCAGCGCCCUGAACGAGAGUGGGGCGAGCGAGCCGCGGGAGGCUGAGGACACUACUGUAGUGAAGCAACUGGAAGAACCGCCAGAGUUCGACAUUGACGUGACCUACAAGAAGACGAUCACGAUCCGGGCAGGUGUGCCGCUGCGCUUCUACAUCCCCAUCUCAGGCAAACCCACACCUGCCUGUACCUGGGAGAAGGAGGACAGUGACCUGGAGAACCGUGCCCAGAUCGAGACGAGUGAGGUGGCGACCAGUCUGACCAUCCACAACACCGACAGACGCGACGCCGGCAAGUUCUUCCUCACAGUGGAGAACAGCAGCGGCAAGAAGCAGGUCGCCAUCAACGUCAAAGUGCUAGACACUCCCGGCAAGCCGCGCAGCUUGCGCGUGAAGGACGUGACGAGCAACUCCGCCUUCUUCUCCUGGGACUUCCCUGAGAAGGACGGAGGCAAGUCCAUCACCAGGUACAUCGUGGAGAAACGCGAGGAGAGCCGCCGCACGUGGAGUACCGUGGCGACCAACGUCAUCAAGUCCUCUUACAAGAUCUACAAGCUUGUAGAAGGCAACAUCUACUACUUCCGGGUCAUGGGAGUUAACGACAUUGGCAUUGGCGAGCCAGCAGAUACUACUGAGCCAAUCACAGCAGCAGACCCAGUUGAAACCUGCUCUGCAGUGAAGAAGCUGGAUGUUGUUGAGAUCACAGACACAACUGUCGCCCUGCAAUGGCAGCGGCCAAUGUUUGACGGCGGCAACAGGAUCACAAGCUACCUCGUUGAACUUCAGGAGAAGGGCAGCGAGGAGUGGCAGCGCGUGAAGUCCAUCAACCUGCUGCGCUACACGGUGACGCUGCUGGACAAGGGCUCGGAGUACAAGUUCCGCGUCUCCGCCAUGAACGACGGCGGCCUGGGCGAGCCUUGCGAGACGCCCUUCGUGGUCUGCAAGGAACAACUCGCUCCGCCUGUACUGGAUCUGACCGACAUCAAGGACACCGUGGUGGUUCGCCAGGGCGGUGACUUUAACGUGACCAUCCCCUUCCACGCUGCACCGAAACCAAAGGUGGAGUGGAAGCGAGGCUACCAGGUGCUGACGCCGAUCGAACGGUACUUCGUGAAGAACACGGCUGACUUCGCCUCCCUCACCAUAAAGAAGGUUGAGAAGAAGGACGCCAUGAAAUUCACCCUGACUGUUGAGAACGACCUGGGAUCCCAGUCCUUCGAGAUCACGCUCAAGGUGCUGGGCAAGCCAGGCAAGCCGGAAGGACCAAUCAGCUUCGAGGACGUCACUCCCGAAUCGCUGGAGUUGCUAUGGAAACCACCGCGCGACAACGGCGGCAGUGAUGUCACCAACUACGUGGUGGAGAGGUCCGACAACGCCGGAGUGACGUGGACCUACGUCAGCUCUGACGUCAAGCGUACCUCCGUCAAGGUACCCAAACUGACACCUGGUGCCCAGUACAUCAUGAGGGUCAGCGCAGAGAACCGGUACGGCGUCGGCGAACCGCUGCUGUCUACUGCCGUUCACGCCAAGUAUCCAUUUGAUGAACCCAAGCCACCAAAGGCUCCAACAACCCAAGACAUCGCCAAGGAUUCAGUGACUGUCUCGUGGAAGCCUCCUACUGAUGACGGCGGCUCUGACAUCAUCGGCUACCUUCUGGACAAGAAGGAAGUCGGCACGAGCCGCUGGAUGAGGAUCAGCAAGAGCAUCAUGAAGAAACGCGACCACCGCGUCACCAACCUGAGGGAGGGCACGGAGUACGAGUUCCGCGUCAUCGCCAUCAACUCUGCUGGCGAGAGCGCUCCGAGCGUGCCCAGCACCCCUGUCCGCAUCGUGGACCCAGUCUCCCCGCCCACAGAGCUUGCUGUGUCGUUUGUUACCCGCGCCAGCGUCGGCCUGGUCUGGAAGAAGCCGGGACUGACCGGCGGGAGGAAGAUCAUCACCUACAUCAUCGAACGGCGCAACCUGAAGCAGGAGAAGUGGGUGGUGUGCAACACCGAGAACGUCGCCGCCACCGAGUACACUAUCAAGGGCCUGGUGAACGGAGAGAAGUACGAGUUCCGUGUCUCCGCACGCAACUCUGCUGCAGUCGUCAGCCCGCCUGCCGGACCGACAAUCCCGGUCCUCUGCAAGGACGAGCUGGUGCCAGCCUCCAUCAAGCUAGACUACAACAUGAAGGAGACGAUGAACUUCCCCGCGGAUUCCACCUUCGCUCUCAGCACGCUGAUUACCGGCAUGCCUGCUCCUGAGGUCACCUGGACCAAGAACAACAGGCCCAUGGUGCGCAGCGAUCGCGUCAACAGGGAAACCACCAAGAAAACGAGCGUCACAACAAUCCGAGCUGCCAGUCGCGCCGACAGCGGCACCUACGUGGUGACCGCCAAGAACGACACCGGCGUUUCCUCGGUAACCAUGAACGUGACUGUGAUUGGACCGCCGUCCAAGGUCGGUCCCAUUGAGCUGGUCACCACGUCAGUGGACUCCAUCACCCUGCGUUGGGCGGAGCCUAAGGACGAUGGCGGCACGCCCAUCAGAUCAUACGCCGUGGAGCGCACGGAGGCAGCGCAGGACAACUGGAUGACGUUCUCCAGCAACGUGAGGAAGAACACCUGCAAGGUGACCCGCCUGCGGACCAACGUCACCUACAUCUUCCGCAUCACCGCCGUGUCCGACAUCGGCGCCAGCGAACCGGUCCUCAGCAAGCCGAUCACGGCCAAGAGCCCGUUCAACGUGCCAGGACCGCCGGCUUGCCCCGAGGUCUUCAUGGAGGCAGCUGACACCGCCUUCCUGACCUGGUCAAGCCCAGAGGACGACGGAGGCGUGGAAAUCACUGGAUACUUCGUAGAGAAGAAGGAACGCACCAGCAUCCGCUGGUCGCGCGUCAACAACCUGCCUGUGUCCGAGUGGAAAUACAGGAUCACCACUCUUGUAGAGGGUCUGGAGUACGAGUUCCGCGUCUUAGCUGUCAACGAGGCCGGCGUGGGCAAGCCUAGCCCCUCUUCGGAGUCUGUGCAGGCCCUGGAUCCGGUCGACAAGCCGAGCGGCCCGACCAACAUCAGACUGGUGGAUAGCGCAAGAACAACAGCAACCCUGAGCUGGAGCAAGCCCAAGUUCGACGGUGGCGCCGACAUCACGGGUUACAUCGUGGAGCAUCGCGAGAUGAGCAGCGAGGAAUGGAUCAAGUGCCACAAGACGCACAUCAUCAAGGAGACCACCCUCUUCGUCACCGGACUGAAGAAGGGCAAGCAGUACUACUUCCGCAUCAGCGCCGUGAACCGCGGAGGCACCGGCGAGCCGGCCGAGCUCGGACAUCCCGUCCUGGCCGCCGACCUGGAGCAGGCUCCGGAUCUGGAGCUGGACAUCACCAUGAAGAAGGCAGUGACGUUCCGCGCGGGCGUGCCGAUCCGUCUGUACAUCCCCAUCUCCGGGAAACCCGCUCCUGAAGUGAUCUGGGAGAAGGAGGACGGAGAGCUGCCCAACCGCGCCACUGUCGAGACCAGUGAAGUCGCCACCGCCUUGAUCAUCCAGGAGAGCAACUGGAGCGAUGCAGGACGCUACAACCUCACCCUGAAGAACGACUCGGGCGUGAAGUGCGCGUCUAUCGUCGUCAGAGUUCUCGACGUGCCCGGCCCCGCUGCGUCUAUCACUGUGAAGGAUGUGACCAAGACAAGCUGCACUCUCCUCUGGGAACCGCCAAUCUUAGACGGCGGCAGUGCUCCAAGGAGCUACGUUGUCGAGAAGCGCGAGUCCCACAGGAGGACGUGGACCACGCUGGACGCCCGCUGCAACAAGAUGUCUUACAAGGUCAUGAAGCUGAUGGAGGGAGUCACCUACUACUUCCGGGUCAUGGCCGAGAACGCUUACGGCAUCGGCGAGGCGAGGGAGACCAUCGAGCCCAUCACAGCCCAAGAUGCUGUGGAUGUAGCCGAGGCCCCGAGCAGGAUCCAAGCCGUGGAUGUAGACAGGAACGCUGUUGUGCUGAAGUGGGACAAGCCCGACUUCACCGGCGGCACAGAGAUCAUGAACUACGUCGUUGAAUACGUGGAAGAAGGCCAGACCACGUGGGAGAAGUACGCCACCGUACGGGACACCAUGUGCGAGGUGCUCAACCUCAACGAGGGCAACUCCUACCGCUUCCGCGUCAGCGCACAGAACAUCGUCGGCUUCAGCGAGGUCCGCGAGAUCGAAACUGCCAUCCUCUGCAAGGAGAAGGCUAUUCCACCGCGUGCCGACAUGAGUGCCAUUCCCAGGGGAGGCAUCGUCGCUAAGGCUGGACACCACAUCACCGUGGACGUUCCCAUUGAGGGAUGCCCCAAGCCGACCAUUGCAUGGUCCAAGGACGACCGUCCUCUGAAUCCGUUCAGAGUCGGAGUGAACAACACCGAGACGUCCACCCAGCUCACCUUCAAGGUCUCCGACCGCUACGACACCGGCCAGUACCAGCUGGUGCUGAAGAACGAACACGGCACAGACACUAGCUCUCUGACUGUUGUGAUCCUCGGCCCGCCUGCCGAGCCUCUCGGUCCGCUCAGGAUCUUGGACGUUGGCGGAGACUUCGCCACCAUUGGUUGGAAGCCUCCAGUUGACAACGGAGGAGCAACAGUGGAGGGAUACAUCAUUGAGAAGAUGGACAUGGAAGGCCGCGCAUGGACUCCGGUCAGCACGAUGUGCAAGAGGUGCAACAUCACGUGCUCCGAGCUGACCACCGGCCGCAAGUACCACUUCCGCGUCUCUGCUGAGAACAGGUUCGGCAUCGGCCGUCCGCUCGAGACACGCGAACUGGUCAUCAUCAAGUAUCCGUUCGACCCGCCAGCGGCGCCCGCUCCGCCAGUCGCAGCUGUCGUGCUGAAGGAGAUGAUGGUGCUUCGCUGGGACGCACCAGACGACGGCGGCAGCAAGAUCACAGGAUACUACCUGGAGAGAAAGACUCCAGGGUUCCAGUGGAACAGGAUCACUCAGAUCGCCACCCAGAAGAAGGAGUUCAAGGCAAAGGGACUGAUUGAAGGAGUUUCUUACCAGUUCCGUCUGUUUGCCCAGAACACCGCUGGCAUCAGCGAGCCUGGAGAGCCUUGCGAGCCGAUCGUUGCCAAGGACCCUGUACCCGAUCCUCUCAACCUGAGGAUGAUUGACAUCUCCAAGUCCACCUGCACGCUUGCCUGGGAAGAACCCGAGGUCGAGCUGGGCAGGAAGGUCGCCGGAUACAUCGUGGAGAAGCGCGAAUCCGACGUGGAGGAAGCCAAGUGGAUCAAGGCCAACUACGAGAGCCUGAUCGAGCGGGAGUUCACCGUGAAGGGUCUACUGUACGGAAGGCGCUACGUCUUCCGCGUGCGCACCAUCGUGGGCGAGUACACCAGCCCCGGCGCCACCACGGACCCCAUCAUUGCUCGUGAAGACGUCCGCCCGCCUGCCGUCGUCCCCGAGAAGAUGAAGAUUGAGGAAGUCGCCGGCAAGACGAUCGUCCUGAACGUAGCGUACGGCGGCAAGCCCACUCCGAGCCUGUCUUGGACAAAGGACGACAAGAUCGUCCGCCUGACUGACCGCUGCAGCAUCGACACCACGGCCACCCACACCAAGGUGACCAUCAAGAACUGCGAGAGAGCCGACUCCGGCAAGUACAUGAUCACCAUGAAGAACGACGGCGGCGAGAAGGCCGUGCCCAUCAUGGUGAACGUUCUGGACAAACCCGGCAAGGUGCUGAACAUGAGGGUGUCUGCCGUCACGCACGAAACCGCCACUCUGGAGUGGGACAUGCCGACCGACGACGGCGGCAAGCCACUGAUGAGGUACUGCGUGGAGAAGCGGGACUGCAGCCGCCGGCUGUGGGAGCAGGUCACGGCCACCCUGCACAUCAGAAUGACCACCAUCACCAUCAGGAAGCUCACCAAGAUGCACGAGUACGUCUUCAGGGUGGCGGCCAUCAACCAGAACGCCGAGACUGGAGCGUUCGUGGAGACCAAGCCUGUGAAGAUCGUCAGUCCGUACAGCGCCCCGUCUGGCAUGAUGCCUCCGGAGAUUCUGGACAUCAGCGCUGACGCCAUCUACGUGUCCUGGCAGCCGCCUAAGAACACCGGUGGCACCGACAUCGACGGAUACAUCCUGGAAUACAAGGACAAGAACAGCUACCGCUGGAUAGCGGCAACCAAAGAACCAACAUUAGACAAGAGGAUGUGGGUCAGCGGCCUUCGCGAAGGAAUCGACUAUGAGUUCCACGUGAUCGCUCUGAACGUUGCCGGUUCAAGCAAGCCCAGCCCGCCCUCUGCCCUGGUCACAGCCCGCGAGCCAGCCAGCAAGCCGGCUCCUCCGGUCAGGCCGACCGUCACCGACACCACACGCUGCACCGUGACGCUGUCAUGGGGACCGCCUCGCUACGAUGGCGGCGCUCCUAUCAUUGGUUACGUCAUGGAGAGCCGCAAGUCGGACAGCAACGUCUGGGUCAGGGCCCACGUGGAGGAAGUCAUUCACAUCACCGAAUGGACAGCUGUGGACCUGAAGGCUGGAGCUGAGUACUACUUCCAGGUCAGCGCGGUGAACAUUGCCGGCCUGAGCGAGCCUGCUGAGGUUACCGGCCUCGUCACUGCCAAGGACAUGCAGAUUUCGCCUACCAUUGAGCUGGACGUGAGUCUGAGGAGGGUGGUGAUCGUGCGGGCGGGCAACCCGCUGCGUCUGUACGUGCCCAUCCACGGCAAACCCACACCGGAUGUCAUCUGGACCAAGGAGGGCGAGGAGGAGCUCACCAACCGAGCCAUCAUCAACAACUCGCCCUACGCGUCCGAGUUCCUCAUUGACGACACCAACCGAACCGACGUUGGCAAGUACACGAUUACACUGAAGAACGAGACAGGCGUUGCCCAGGCAACGAUCUCCGUCCGCAUCCUGGACACGCCCGGGAAGCCUAAGCACUUGAGGGCGAAGGACGUGAGCUCCAAGUCCUGCAUCCUGACCUGGGAGAUGCCAGAACUGGAUGGUGGCAGCGAGGUGACGAACUACAUCGUGGAGAGACGCGAGAUGAGCAGGCAGACCUGGUCUACCAUCUCUGUCAAGAACCCCAAGCCCAUCUGUAUCAUCCGCAACAUGGUCGAGAGCAACAAGUACUACUUCCGGGUGCUCCCCGAGAACGAGUACGGCAUCGGCGAGCCUUGCGAGAUGGAGGCGCCGAUCACUGCCGAGGAUCCCAUCCGCCUGCCGGACCCGCCAUCCAGCGUGAAGAUCCUGGAGGUCACGGGCAGGACCGUCUCCCUGAAGUGGACCACGCCUGUCAACGACUACGGCAACAAGAUCCAGUCGUACCUGAUCGAGGUGUACGACACCAACGUGAACGACUGGAGGCGCGUGUGCAUGGUCCGUGGGCUGGAGUACACCGUGACGGAAGGCAUCAUGGAGGGUCACGAGUACCGCUUCAGGAUCACCGCCAGGAACAACGUGGGAGCCAGCGAGCCCAUCGAGACCGACACCGUUCUCUGCAAGGACGAGCUGUCCAUCCCCGUCAUCAAGAUGACAGACUCCUUCUACCAGGUACGCGCCGGAGCCAACGUCCUCGUGGACGUGCCAGUCACCGGCAAGCCCAGGCCCACCGUGAUGUGGAUGAAGGGAAGCUACGAGAUGCGCCGCACCAAGAGGACGGAGUUCGAGCAGACCGACCGCAGGGUGGCGUUGUUCAUUAAGAGGGCUGAGAGGACCGAUACCGGGGACUACUCAGUCAUCCUGAAGAACAGCGUAGGCGGAGCGAAGGAAACCUUCAAGAUCAACGUCAUGGACAAGCCUGGCGCGCCGAGAGGACCAAUCAGAAUCAAGGACCUCUCUCCGAACUCAGUCACCCUCGCCUGGGAACUUCCUUCGGACGAUGGUGGCAGCCCCAUCUCCAAUUACCUGAUUGAGAAGGCCGAGGCCGGAAGUACGUCAUUCCAGUACGUCACGACCUGCCUGCGCACCACCUGUAGAAUCACGGGUCUGGUGCACAACAGGGAGUACCGCUUCAAGAUCAUGGCCGAGAACAAGUUCGGCACCGGCAGGGCCUACACCACCGACAAGAUCAUCCCCAGGAAGCCGUUCGAAGAGCCGACAGCGCCUCAGAACGCCAAGGUUACGGACGUCCAUGCUACAACCAUGGUGAUCAACUGGACUGAGCCUGAGUUUGACGGCGGCAGCCCGAUCAUCGGUUAUCUGAUCGAGAGAAGGGAGAAGUCUGGCAAGCGUUGGGUGAAGUGCACUAAGGAGUACAUCCAGACGCUUUACUACAGAUCCGAGCAGCUGAUCGAAGGCUUGUGGUAUUCUCACCGCGUCAGCGCUGUGAACAAGGCCGGCGCAGGGACGCCGUGCGAGGCAACCGCUUUCGUACAAGCCAAGAAACCCAUCGAUCCACCGGGACCGCCCGCAGCGCCGGAGAUCGUCAAGAUGGCGAAGUACUCCGUGCAGCUGAAGUGGAACGACCCCGCUAACAUCGGAGGCGCUCCAAUCACGGGUUAUUACUUGGAGGUGCGUGCUGCAGAGGUCGAGCAGUGGAUGAAGACCAGCUCCAAGCCACUGGAGAAGCGUCUGUCCAUCGUUCGCGACCUGCAGACCUGCAAGCCUUACUGCUUCCGCACCCGAGCGGUCAACAAGGGCGGCGUGAGCCCGCCCAGCGAAGUGACCAUCGUGACUCUGCCCGAUGAGAUGGCGGGAGUGCCGCCUGUGGCAGAGCUGGACGAGAACCUGAAGAGGCCGGUCCGCGUGAAGGUCGGCAGCGUGCUAAGGCUGUACGUGCCCGUGUCUGGCCGACCCGCUCCCUCCGCCAGGUGGCGCCACAACGGCGGCAACCUGGUGCCGACGCACCGCGUGAUGUUCAGCGACACCGAGAUCUCCACGCAGCUCAUCAUCAAGCAGGUGGAGCGGUACGACUCCGGACGGUACGACCUGAGACUGAUCAACGAAGAAGGCAGCUGCACUGCUACCAUCCACGUGGUGGUCAUGGACAAGCCUUCUGUACCUGCAGGCACCCUCAAGGUGUCUGACGUCACCGCUAAGGAAGCAACUCUGUCCUGGGAGACACCUGAAGAUGAAGGAAACAGUCCCGUGACUCACUACGUCGUGGAGAUGCGUGAGGCAACUCAGCGCGUCUGGCGCAUGGUGACGACUCACGUGACGACUACGACAUACACUGUGUCCGGAUUGGACGAGGGCGUGGAGUACUUCUUCCGCGUCACGGCCGAGAACAAGGUAGGCAGCAGCGAUGCUCUGACGACUGCCGAGGCAGUGGUUCCCAUGAGCCCUGUCCGCCCGCCGUCCGCCCCGCCAAGCGCGCCGGAAGUCACCAACGUCACCCGGGAGACGAUCUCGCUCUUCUGGGAGCAGCCGCGUGAAGAGAACGGCGCCCCCGUCACCGGAUACCACAUCGACAGGCGCGAGAAGACCGUCGGCAGGUGGGUGCGCGUGAACAAGACGUCCAUCCAGGUGCAGACCUACACCGUCACCGCGCUGGUGGCAAACAACGAGUACGAGUUCCGCGUGCUCGCGGAGAACAGCGCCGGCCUGAGCGAGCCAAGCCCGAUGUCCGAGGCCGUCCUGACCAGAGACAUGAAGGGCCGCCCGCCGCGACCUGAAGGCGAGCCGGAGGUUGUUGACGUCACCGCUACCACGGCAACCAUCAACUUCCAGGCCCCCGAUGGCGACGGAGGAACUCCCAUCACGGGAUACAUCAUCCAGUGCCGCAAGGUUGGCACCCGCCGCUGGGUCGUCUGCACCUCAUCAUACACCAUCUCUACAACAACGUUCGUCAUCACAGGACUCAUCGAAGGCGACGCCUACGAGUUCCGUGUUCUGGCGCAGAACCUGAUCGGCUACAGCAUCGCCAGCAGGCGCAGCAUGUCCGUGGUGUGCCGAGCGAAGGUCGAGGGCGAGCCGCCACAGGUGCUGGUCGCACCUGAAGACUGCAUCUGCGCGCCAGGUGAGAACGCCAGGUUCUUCACCAGGUUCUCAGGUUACCCGGCCUGCACUGCCAAGUGGUUCUUCGACGGGGUUGAGCUCUUCGAGAGCAUGAGGUACAGCAUGUCCGGCGACUCGACCAACUUCUGGCUUGACGCCUUCAACACUACAGCCAACAUGGAGGGCGAGUACGUCAUCAAGGUGGACAACGGCGUCGGACAAGCCACCGCGUCGGCUCGUAUCAUCCACGAGUUCGCGCCAAGACUGACCCGUACGCUGCCCGACUCCGUCCAGGGCCGCAGCGGCGGCCUGAUCCGCGUGACCAUCCCGUUCAAGGCCAAGCCCGAGCCGACGGUCACCUGGACCAAGGACGGCGAGGAGAUCUGCAGGACGCACCGCGUGUUCAUAGAGAGCACAGAAACCUACACUAACAUGAUCAUCAAGGACGCCAAGUGGGAGGACCGCGGGGAAUACACGGCCAACAUCGAGAACGCCCAGGGUAUCCUGACCCUGAAGGUUGUCGUUGACGUUGUCGACAGGCCGUCUGUACCACAAGGACCGGUCAGAGUUCAAGAGGUCACCAGCAACUCCAUGCUCCUCCUCUGGGAGACACCGGAGAGCGACGGCAGCUCGCGUAUAACAAACUACAUCGUGGAGAAGCGCGAGCCGUCCGCGGGAGUCUGGAGACUGGUCACCGCCUACGCCACCGAGACGCGCUGCCGCGUGACUCGCCUCAUGAACAAGUCCAGCUACCUGUUCCGCAUCACGGCCCAGAACUCUGUCGGUCUGAGCGAUCCCCUGGACACCACGGAACCCACCACUGCCGAGGACCUGUACAGCACGCCUGACAGGAUCGAGACGCCACCAGAGGUGGUGAAUGUGGACAAGGACUCCGUCGAGCUGAAGUGGGAAGAGCCGCUGUCUAACGGUGGCACCAUCCUGCUCGGCUACAUCGUUGAAAGGCGAGAGAAGACCGGCGCCUACUGGCAACGCGUGAACUCCACUCUCAUCACCACAACGUCUUACACAGUCACCGGACUGAUCGAGUAUUCCUCAUACCAGUUCCGGGUGCGUAGCGAGAACGCCAUGGGCGUCAGCUACUCAUCAGAUGCCUGUGAAUACGUCACCAUUAAGGACGACCGUGAGAUCAUCCUGCCGCGGUUCGUCCGCAACCCGCAGGACUGCGAGGUGCGCGAGGGCGAGACCGCCGAGUUCUCCGCACACAUGAUCUGCACUUCCGACUACAUCCUCAAGUUCUACAACAUGUACGGCAAGGAGCUGAAGACGGACGACAAGUACAAGGUGGUCAAGGAGCCAGGCUACAUCAAGGUGCAGAUCUUAGACGUGCACGAGCCUGACUGCGGCGAGUACACCUGCCGCGCUGCCUCCAGUGCCGGCGCCGUCACCGCCUCCGCUCAGCUCAGCAUCCUCGGCGAUCCCAAGAUCGACCUGCCGGAGGAGCUGAAGAAGAAGAUCAACAUCCAGCGCGGCGAGAGCGUCUGCCUGAAGGUGCCCGUCUACGGCGACCCCGCUCCCAUGGUGACGUGGGAGAAGGAGGGCCGCACCAUCGUGGAUGACGGCAUGCACUUCCAGAUCAUGUCCGGCAAGAAGUUCACAACGCUGACCAUCCUGGAGGUGGAUGCGCACGACUCCGGAGCCUACACACUCAACGUCAUGAACAGCAUCGGCGAGGACACCGCUACCAUUAACAUAGAAGUGGCCGCAGUCCCUGACCCGCCCGAAGAACCACCAGUGGUCAGUGAAGUGACCGGGGACAGCGUCAAGCUGUCUUGGUCCGAGCCCGCUGUCGACGGUGGCUCGCCUGUGACCGGAUACGUCGUGGAACGUCGCGCCGUGACCUCUAACCGCUGGAUCAGAAUCAUGACCGUCAGGACCACGACUUGCACCGUGUACGGACUGAGAAGCAGCAACCAGUACGUCUUCUGCGUGAGCGCCAUGAACGCGUUCGGCUGCGGCCGCACGUGCCUGGAGACGACUGUCGUGCAAACCCGCAGCACCUUCCGCCAGAACUACGACGACGAGGUGAACACCGAGGCGCCCUGCGUGCCCAGAACCUCCUUCGUCAGCACCGGCGGACCGGAAGACGUCUUCGACUUCAAGGAAGAGCUCGGCCGCGGCGCCUUUGGUGCUGUGUACCGCGUGGUGGAGCGCUCCACCCGACGCACGUUCGCCGCCACCGUGGUGACCUGCAAGACGUCGGAGAGGAAGCAGCUGUGCCGCCGCGAGAUCGAGCUCCUGCACAAGCUGAACCACGCCCGCGUGCUGCGUCUGUACGACGCCUACGAGGCUCACGACCAGCUGACGAUGAUCCGCGAGUUCAUCUCAGGUCGCGAGCUGCUGGAGAUGGUGACGGACCACCGCGUGCACUACACGGAGGCCGACUGCAUCCACUACACCCGCCAGAUCUGCGAGGGGCUGGAGUUCUUGCACUCCAAGAACAUCCUGCACCUGCACCUGCGUCCGGAGAGCAUCAUGUGCUGCACGCACGUGGGCUACUACAUCAAGAUCACCGACUUCGGUCGCUCCUGCCAGGCCAAGCCAGGCCAGAAGGUGAACAUGAGCUACAUCUCAGCCGAGUUCAUGGCUCCCGAGGUCCUGAACAGCGAGUCCGUCGGCACGUCCACUGACAUGUGGUCUCUCGGCUGCAUCGUGUACCUGCUGCUCGGCGGCACCUCACCGUUCGAGGGCGAGUCAGAAGCGGACACCGAGCAGAACGUCCGCGAGCUACGCUGGGCGUUCGACGCGGAGGCGUUCGACAACCUUUCCGACGAGUGCCUGGACUUUGUGGACGGGCUUCUCUGGAAGGACAAGAACUCCCGCUACACCGCUCAGGAGUGCCUGGAGCACCCGUGGCUCCGAAGAGGCAUGGAGACCGUCUGCUCCACCGACAUCACCAAGACACGUCACAGGCAGUUCUUCUUCCGCAGGAGGGCUUACGACACCUACACGGCGUCGCACGCCAUCGGCCGCCUGGCCGCGCGCGGCGUUGCUCGCUCCGAGGAAGUGGAGGUCCGCGUCACCCUGGCGGUCGAGAGGGACGAUCUCGGCCCCAAGAAGGUGAGCAGGGUUCGCCACGUGACUGCAGUUGAAGGCUGCGCGGCUAGGAUCGACCUGAAGAUCCACACGUCCGCCGAGACGACCUUCUCCUGGCAGAAGAUCUGCGAACAUCACGGGUUCCACUCCAUGGAGAGGAAGGACGUGACUCUGGAGGACGGAAGCAAGUACCAGAUGAAGUACGACCGUGCCUCGGGCAGGAUCAGCCUUAUCAUCAACAACAUCACCGCUGAUGAUGACGGACGAUACACCUGCACCGUGGAGAACAGAUUUGGCCGCGUCCGCAGCUGGACAGAGCUGACCGUCAUCUUGAUUGACGGCACUGUCACGCGCAGGCGCAAGGAGCUCUACAACUACACUGAGCGUGAGGAGGAACAGGUGGCGGUCACGUGUCCGCCGCGCCUGCUCAUGCCGCUCUAUGACCGUCACGUGUACCAGGGAACCCUCUGCCGCCUGGCCUGCGUGGUCAACCGGUGCACGACGCCACAGGUCACGUGGUACAAGGACGGCAACGCCCUGGAAACCAACGGGAAGUACCGCAUGGUGGAGGAGCUGGGUCUGUACAACCUAGAGAUCAGUGACGUCACGCUGGAGGAUGCCGGGAGCUACGCAGCCACCUUCGUCAACGAGCAUGGCGAGGUGUCGUCAAGCUGCUCUCUGCACGUCACAGCGAGGAAGGUUGCUGAGGCCGAGUUCGUGAAGCCGAUCUUCAGGGUGAGACUUGAGGAGACGUACGCGGCUGAGGGCGAGACCGCCCGUAUGUCCGCGCGCGUGCUCGGCAUCCCAGACCCCGUCGUGUCCUGGUUCAAGGACGGCAAGCCUCUCUAUGACCAGGCUCCUUACGAGUUUGUGUACGAGGACGACGAGUCCUGCACCCUGCUCAUCCACAACUGCCUGCCGGACGACUCCGGACUCUACACCGUCCGGGCCGAGAACUCCUGCGGCUCCACGGAGAGCGACGCCAUGCUCAAAGUGCGCCGCGACUACGUCAAGCCCGAGCAAUACAAGUCCCCCUACCAGCAUCUGAUGGAGAUUGAGGACAGCGUGCCGUCUUUUGUGCCGCUGCCGUAUGCUGAAUACGAGCGUAUGGAGUACGAGAGCAUGGAGUACUACCAGGCUCGCCGCCGUGCCGAGAUCGCGCAGGCGGAGGAGUACAUGGCCGUGCCGCCGUCCUCCGUGUCUCCGGCUGGAUCCGUGUCUUCUAAGGAAUCCGACAGGACCCGUGGUUCUUUCAGAACCCGCCAGAGCCGCAGCUCGGCAGCCUCCAGCCAGCGGCGCCGCAAGGACAAGAAGAUGAGCCUCGGCGCCGAGUCCGCCCCCGUCUUCACCCGCAGACUCCGCGAGCACACCGUCAUUGAAGGUUUCGACUCUCAGUUCACGUGCUCUGCGGAAGGCAACCCGAAGCCGAAGGUGGAGUGGGCGAAGGACGGCAAGACGAUCCGGGAAGACAACAAGUUCCGGUUCAAGCACGUGUACGGCGUGCUGACGCUGUGCAUCUAUGACGUGUCCCUGCAGGACGCAGGAGACUACAGCUGUACCGUCAGCAACAGGCUGGGCUCUGCCAUCACCCGCGGGAGACUCAGCGUAGCAAAGGAGCAUGACCAAGUCGGCUACGUGUGGCACAUGCCGACCGAGGCGCCCACCGUGGCGGCCCCGGCACCUCCUCGGUACGAAGAGAUCGUCCGCCCGAGGAUCGAGGCUGCACCACCCGCAGCUGAGCCUGCGGAGGCUGCGCCCGCGCCGGUGGAGAAACCUGCACCUGUUGCACCUGUGGCGGAGCCUACACCUACACCUGUGACACCACCUGUGACGCCACCUGUGACACCUACCACACCUACACCGCCUUCACCUGUGAAGCCGACGCCUCCAGUAGAGGAGCCAAAACCUGCCCGGAAGUUCAAGGAACCCAAGCCGGAGCCAGCCGCUGCACCGCCGGCGGCCCGUGAGCCAUCCCCGCCACCGGCCGCACCGGCACCCCGCGCGCCGUCCCCACCCAAGCCCGAGCCGAAGAAGGAGGUUCCGCCUCCCCGCACCGGCCCGGUCUUCACCAGCAAAGUCACCGACUUCUCCGUACCUGACGGAGAGGACGCACGUCUCGAGGUCUCACUCGAUGCGGAGGCCACGGUGGUGUGGAAGCGCAACGGCAUCGUCAUCAAGGACAGUGACGUGUAUCACCUGGUGCGCGAACGUAACACGUACGUGCUCGUCAUCCGUGACGUCAUCAGGGAGGACACCGGACAGUACAUCGUAGAGGCGACCGACUCUACCGGCACCACCACCGUGUCAGUCACCCUCAAUGUCGGCGCUAUGGAGAAGGCCCCUGCAGCACCGACAUUCUCCGCUAGGCCGCAGACCAAGGACUCGCCCGAAGGCGGUUCCGCCAAGUUCGAGUGCAAGAUGGACGGAUCUCCCCGACCCUCAGUGACAUGGUUCCGCGAGGGGAAGGUGAUCCGUGCCGAGGGCCGCUACACCAUAGUGUCCCGCGGAUACUCACACAGCCUCGAGGUCACAAAGAUCACCAAGACCGACAGCGGACACUACGCCUGCGUCGCUAACAACGCACAGGGAGAGGUCCGCGCCGAAUUCACCUUGACCGUGGCCGGAAAGAUCCACGUCGAGAAGCGUGAAGAGGUCAAGGUCACAGAGAAGAAGAAGGAGGUGAAACCUGUUAAGAAGGAGGAGCCCAAGGCUGAGAAGCCCAAGGCGCCCGAGAAGAAGCCGGAACCUCCGAAGCCGAAAGCACCCGAGAAACCCAAAGAACCCGAGAAGCCUGUCAAGCCCAAGGCUGUGGCGCCCAAGUUCACGACCGAGCUGAAGCCUCAGGAAGUGAAGGCGGAGUCCAUCGCCAAGCUGAGCUGCGCAGCCUCCGGCAAGCCCGCUCCCGACAUCGUCUGGAAGAAGGGCUCCGAGACGCUGAAGCAAGGCGACAGGUACGAGAUCUACAGUGAGAACGGAAUGUUCCACCUGGAGAUAUACGACACCUCCGUGGCCGACACCGCCGUCUACUCCGCCACCGUCACCAACGAGGGCGGCUCCGUCACCACCUCCUGCCAGCUCACUGUCAAGGAAGCUGAGCGUCGCAGCUCGGCUACCCUGGUACAGGAGCAGGUGGUCCGGGAGAUGACCAUGACGGAGGAGGUACGUGUGGAGGAACACGUCACGGAGGAGGUCGUUUCCACGACAACCACGCAGAUGCAGGUCAUCUCCGGUCAGGAGAUCACGCUCAAGGCCUCCAUCCCUGGAGACCCUAAGAUCAAGUGGCUGCAUAACGGCCAGGUGCUGCGGAACACGGCAGACUUCCGUCAGCAGUCCCGCGGCGACCUGCACACGCUCACCAUCGCCGAGAUCCUGCAGGAGGACGCCGGGACCUACACGUGCCAGGCCGCCACCCGCGGGGGCGUCAUCAAGUGCGACUUCCAGAUCACUGUGCAGACAGAAAAGGAAAUUGUUCCCCCCGACUUUGUGUCAAGGCCGGCGCCACAGUUCAAGAACGUGGGCGAGACCGUGACCCUAGCCGCACAGGUCAAGGGUGACGAUGUCAAGGUCGAAUGGCUCAAGGACAGGAAGAAGGUGACUGAGACCAGCCGCCUGUCUGUCCGUAAGGUCGGCGACCUUGCCACCCUGGAGAUCCGCGAUGCGCAGACUCGUGACUCCGGAGAGUACAACUGCGUGCUGACCAACUCCCGGGGACAGUUCUCGUGCAGUGUGCCUGUACAGGUUCACGAAGCUGCCCAUGGCAUGACCCAGCAGACAGUAACCCGUACCUACGAGGAGGGCGGCAAGGUGUUUGAGGUGAUGGAGACGGUUACCACUACUGAGGAGACUGUCGUCAUGAGGGAUGAUGCCUCCGCUCGUGUGGAGGAGUACCCUUCGUCCGUCACCAUCAGCGAGCGCGAGAACGUCCACCUGACGGUGCGCAUCGCAGGCACGCCCGCCCCCAAAGUCACCUGGACCCGGAAGCGCUUCACCAACGGCAAGCACUUCGUGCCCAUCGUGCAGGGAAGCAAGUUCCAGGUGAAGACAACCCCAGACAACACGACUCUCUCCAUCUUCGCGCCCAUCAAGGACGACGCGGGGACCUACAAGGUUAAGGUUGAGAACGAGAACGGCUAUGACGAGUGUGCUAUCACACUCCACGUCAUUGGUGAGUCCUCGUAAACAAGACAUCCCGACUAUGCAAAUGAGCGAGCUGGCGUCCCUACGCAAGGUCAGGUGACGGGUAGAAGUCUGCGUAUCACGUGAUCGUGCGUAGGACGUCAGAGUCAUGACAAAUCAAGAAUACGACAUAGUAGAUAUAGAAGAACAUAGUAGAUAGAGUAGAGAUAGUUUACGAUAAGAGAUUUAUAAGAUAAAGAUAUAUUUUUAUAUGGACCAAGACAAAAUUAUGUUCGACGAAACGAAGGCAGCAUUGAAUGCUUGCACCUAAGAAUCGCAAAUGAAGAUGUUCUCGAUCUUACUUCUUCGUCUUCUUGCAGCAUUAAGACAAUUGCUGAGAAACAAUGCUAUGUGUCUAACAAUUAAGUAACGAUACUGAGAACGGUAAUGAAGAUUGAGACGCCCCCUGGCGCUGCAGCCGCCGGUACUGCAGCUGUAAGUUUGCGGGAGGGAUGCGGGUAGCCGCUAGGGGGUUGUGUUCUGUAACUUUGUAAAGAAGCCUCACAGAAACGUUCAAGACAAACAGCUUUCUUGACCUUGGUCAAGGUCAGCUGUAUUGAUAAGAAGCUUGUCCUGAGCUGUCGAAUCCCGAUUGAUGAGCGACUCGGACAAUUAUCAUUGUGUCCAUGGGCGAUUAUAAUUGCGCCCUACCUUUUUACCAGACUCGGAAAAUCCCGAACGUGGACGGGAAAACCCGACACCGUUCGGGAACUACCGAACUUGUCCGAACUGCAUUUUUACCUGACGUUCAACUCCUGUCAUCCACCUGACCACGUCGCGCCUCUCGCUGAUUGGUCGAAACUUGGCGGGAAAUUUGAAAAUGCAAAAACAAGCCCCUCAACUUAAAACGCAUUUCUCAAACUUCCCAACCUGCCCCUCAUUUCAAGUAAGAUCUUGUUGCCAGGCAACGAUCACGCGAGAGAGCUGCGACGGCGAGAUGACAGGACCCGCAUGCGCAAAGGGGGUUUCUGUUCGGCUUCUGCAUUUUCUGCCAUUUCAAUAUUAGACUAGAAACGUGUGAUUGAGUUUGAAUUAAGGUAGUCUGCAUUCUGGCCACGGAACAGUAGUGUCAGGUGAGCGACUGGUGACUGGUCGAGGCACUCAGAUCAAGCCUGUAUCCACAGAAACCCGAAAAUCGGAAGAGUUUUGUACCAUGGCGUCUCGUACGUGACUAGCGUCAGUAACAACUCAGUUGCCGCCUGGAGAGUAUGAUGGGAUUUUAGAGCAACCCACCCAGGCUGGUAACGUGUACGCAUGCGCUUUACCGUCGCCACGUAAGGCGCCCUACUGGAGUUUUGAAUCACUGCGAAAGGAAAAAUCAGCCAAUCAGUGCUGGUGUGCAUGGAAGGAAGGGUCCGUGGUAAAUCACGUGACCGGAAUAUCUGUGCUAAUUGGUUGGGGCGUCCGGAGUGGAGACCUUACUAUCGAGGCAUGUGUAAUUGAAGACAACGACGCCAUGUUACUGGUGCCUGAGUUUCCUGGCCGAAUGUGGUAUGUACUUAAGGAACAUUGUAAGGUAGAAACCCCCUUUUUAGAUCCGCUAUCGCAUUUCAAUGUAUUCGCUUAGCAACUAGAAUAAAGCAGAUGAAAAAUCCA